CUCUAUGCCACAAUAUGCUUUCCAGCUCCCGGUUUCUCUUCCAAACCACUGAACCAGCAGCAGUAACUCAUUCAUUGUCACCUAUAUAUAUAUAUUUCAUAUACGUCCCCAUUUCUCAUCACUUGUCUUGCAAACAUAAAUCACAGCAACACAGCAUUUUCAACUUUCAAGCACCUCUUUCUUUGGGAUAUGGGUUCCGUUGGGAAGGCUUCAUGGAUGGUGGCCAUGAGUGUGGGAGCAGUUGAAGCUCUGAAAGAUCAAGUAGGCCUCUGCAGAUGGAACUAUGCCUUGAGAUCUCUGCACCAGCAUGCUAAGAACAACUUGGGGUAUUUGUCUCAGGCCAGGAGGAUUAGUUCCUCUGUGGAUGUGAUGACAAAGGCUGAGGUUGAUGAGAAGAUGAAGAAAACUGAGGAGACAUUGAAGAAAGUCAUGUACUUGACCUGCUGGGGACCCAAUUAGCCCUUUGGCUCUACUUAGCUACUGCUUUUUUCUUUUUAAUUUUUUUGGGGGAUUUCUGUUUCCCUUGAGGUUUUGUAUAAAUUCAAUAUAAUGUAAUGCAAAAGUGCAAUUCUGGUUCACAAGGCAUUUUCUUCUCUUCU